CUGAGCUAAGAAAGAAUAUCAACAAAAUAAUACACUGGGGAGGCAGUGGAUAAAGGAGUGAACUUCAUCAUUUGGUUUGGUCAGCCACAAUCUAAAAGGUAGUAGUGUCAGUUCAGUAGUGUUUCUCAUUCCACAUAUGCCACCAAAUAGAUUUGUCUAGAAAUAUAUGCUGAAAUCUCAAUUGUUUCUGGGUUCUGGUUUCGGAGAUCUGCAAUAUGAAUAGGCAGGGGCGGAGCCAGUAAGGGGCAAGGAGGUUCAUCCGGACCCCCUUCGACGAAUUAUUGCACUGUAUAUACAAGGUUAUUAUGUUAUGUAGUAGAUGUUGAACUCACUUUACUUCUUCGUGUGUUUACUUCUUUAUAUUUUUUAACCUCCUUACUAAAAAUCCUGGCUCCGCCACUACACAGAUGGGCCAAUAAAACCAAAUGUUCAAGAUAUAUCAUCAGUAGGUACUCCGUUAUUUGGCCGAUCUCAACAUAAAGAAGAUCUUAAAUGAAGACCCUUGUGCAAGAUUCUGCUAGCUGAGAUGGCAAAGUUUCUAGUUUGUUCAGUAACUGCCAAACAAAUUUGCAUGAAAAGGAUCCAUCAUUGGUGAUGCUCCAAAUAGGUUGAUCCCUUUGGUGCUUGCAUUAGAUAGAUUUAUCUGACAAUUACAUGAGGAAGAACAUUCUCUAAAUUCAAGCUGUCCUAUAUGUAAAAUCCAGGAUAACUUCUUGGGAAAUCUACAUGGUGUAGACAACAUUAGGCCUUAUUUAUAUCUAGUAGCUAUACUUUAAAUUAAUGACAUUUCAUAACUAAAAGGUGUAUAUCAAUUACCGUACAUAACUAAAACAUUUAAACACGGUUAAAAUUAAAAACCAACCGCAACAUAAGGCUUGUAUCCAUAUUUUUCCCAUGAUCAACCCAUUUUCUCUCUCAUUGUCUCUCAAUCUCUUCCGAUUUUUUCUCCAUUAUAUCUAUACACGAUCCUCCACUGAUUCCAUUACCUAAAUUCUUGCUGCGCAUUUCUAUGUAAGUUAUUUAGAAGUUUUUGUGUUUAUUUUUUUAAAUAUAUUCUUCCAAUUUUUUGAUUUUACGCCAUUGUUAAGGUUUUCGCCAUUGUUAGGGUUUCUACUGCAUUGUGCUUUGAUUUUUUGGUGUAAUGGCGGACAAAAGCACUCCAUGCUGAGUUACUAGAGGCUCUGUUGCUAGAAUGGAUGCUGAGAGUAGUAUUAAAAGGCGCCAUGACCCGGUAAGUAUGGAAACAAUGGGAGAUGAAGGUUCAAAAUCUACCAAACGAAAAGAUGUCGUUGAUUCAUCGAUAUCUGAAGCAUCCCUACUAAGUAUUGAAAAGCGGAGAAAAGUUAUCGAUGUUUCUUCAGUUAGCAAGGGAAAAAAUGUUGUUGAAGAUGUUCCUUCAAAAGCAGGGGAGAGUAGGUUUUUUCUGAAAGAUCCUCCUACUCAUUCGGUGCACAUGAGUUGUAACACCAAUGUUGAAGUAUUUAAAGAUCUCAAGGACAAACUAACUGAUAAGCAGCACAAAAUAUUUGGGGAAACUUGCUUUGGUGUAUUCACCCAAAUGCAACACUGUUAUGUUCAAGCACAAAUAUUGAGGUGCUGCAUGGUGAGAGAACUUAUUGAAAGUACUCCUGAUGCUUUUUUGAUUGAUAUAAAUGGUAAUGAAUUGCGGUUUUCUAUUAGAGAAUUUGCAAUAAUAACUGGUUUGAAGUGUGUUGGUGAUGAAGAUGCUUUUAAAGUUAACUGCAAGGGUAGAAACAGGAUUUUGGAGACAUAUUUUGGUGGUUCUAAGAAAAUUCCCUCAAAGGCAGAUUUGAUUGAAUGCUUCACAGAUAAAAAUUGGGGCCUCAAUGAUGCUGAUGCCGUUAAGAUUGUUGUCCUCUAUUUCAUUCAUACCUAUAUCUUGUCCAAUGAGAAGAAUGCAGUAAAAAUACCAAGGCUACACUUUGAUUUGGUAGAGUCUGGAAGAUACGUGGAUUACCCAUGGGGUAAGAAAGCAUUCAAUGAGUUGAUUAAAAGUAUGACUCACAAGAUGACUUUUGAGAAAAAAAUUUAUAGGCUCCAUGGAAUGCCACUUGCUAUGCAAGUUUGGCUUUAUGAGUGUUGUUCAUUCGUUGACGCCACUCUUGUAGUCAAGACGGGCAACAACAUUCCCAGAAUGCUGAAUUGGAUGACCAUUGAAAGUCAACCAAGCUUUAAGGAACUGAUGGACGGCAUGUUUAAAGAAGAUAACACCCCGGUAAAAUGUUGUACUCAACAUUGUUAUAUAAGUUUCCUUCAUGUAUUUAAAUUUUUAUUGUUUCUUUAUUUUAUAUUUUGACAAAUGUAUUAUAUUUUCUUGUUAUA